AUGCGCCGUCCCGCACUCUUUGCUCCACGAUCUUUGAUCACCACGAUCUGCACCGCCAGCGCCGCACUCUUCUCGACGACCGUAACGGCCUUGACAGAAGGCACCGUUUGGGCCACGCCACACUCGCAGUACUCGUCGUCGGUCGGCGUUCUCGGCUGCAAAAUCGAUACUAACCGGGUCGCCUACUGGCCGGGAUCCGUUGACUGCGACAAGAUCUGCAUCUCUCUCAGCCACGAGGGCAGAACAGUUCACCUGCUCCGGGUCGACACAUCCGAGGGCGCCUAUGAUGUUUCUUACGAUGCCUGGAACUAUCUGAUCACGGGCGAGGGUGCGCGCCAGAAGCCCACGGCCGGCGGCGCCGUCGCCAUGGAGUAUCGCGAAGCCCCCGCCGAUGCCUGCAAGAGCCUCAUCCGCACCCCUGACAGCAAGCUGCCGCUCAGCGCGUCCAACAGCAUGAACUUCCUCGCCAGCUGUCUCGAGCAGCCGAACAGCUGGAUUGCCAAGAAUUACGUGCUAUACAACGUCCUCGAUCCCAUCUGCUCUUGGGGCAACGACGAGACGUGCACGCUCAACUGGCCUGGCGAAAACCAGGCCAAGUGCAAAUCUGGGCUGGGCACGCCGUCCAUUCUGAACAGCCUGCCGGUUUACAACAUUGAGUACCCUACAGGCAAGACGGUGCUGGCUUCUAAUGGGUCGAUCGUCGAGAACCCUCCGGACUCGCAUGCGGCAAGCAUCAACCAAAGUCCCGGGAGAUCAGCCAUUGUGUUUGCUCUUUUCGCUACCGCCUCGACUUUGCUAUUUCCUACACUUUUAGAUUUCUUAUAG